AUGGAGGAGUCUAGUGACAAACUGUUCUGCUAUCGCUGGGUGAGGCACAGAAUCCCCCUGGCACAUAGAGAGGAGCUCUACCACAUUCUCCGGAUGACUGGACCCUUGCUGCUGUCUCGAAUCCUAAACUACCUGCUUCCGUUUGUCAUCACUAUGUUCUGUGGUCGCCUGGGGAAUGCAGUGUUAGCUGGCUAUGGCCUGGCCUGCGCGACUAUUAAUGUUACGACUGCAGCAACAGGAGGUGGACUUGCCUUAGCAUGUGACACUUUGGUAUCUCAGACAUUUGGUGGUAGGAACCUGCAGCGUGUGGGGGUGAUUCUCCAGAGGAGUGUGUUGAUCCUGCUGCUCUUCUGUCUGCCCUGCUGGGCCAUGCUCCUCAACACCCAGUCUAUCCUGCUGGCUCUGGGCCAGGAGCCUGAGGUGGCCAGAAUAGCACAGCUGUAUGUCAUCGCCUACCUACCUGCAGUACCAGCUAUUUUCCUGCAUCAACUUCAGGCUUCUUAUCUCCAGAACCAGGGGAUAAUACUGCCUCAGAUGUACACAGCAGCAGCGGCCAACAUCGCCAACGUGGUGACAAACUAUAUCCUGCUCUACUGGAUGGACCUGGGAGUUGUAGGGUCGGCAGCAGCUAAUACACUCUCCCAGCUCUACAUAUGUUCCUUCUUGUUUGCUUACAUUUGUUGGAAGAAGCUACAUGUGAAAACAUGGGGAGGUUGGACCACAGAAGCGCUGCAGGAGUGGGGCUCUUAUAUGAAACUAGCCAUCCCCAGUACACUGAUGCUAUGUUUCGAAUGGUGGAUCUAUGAGCUUGGGGGAUUCCUUGCAGGCAUGCUGAGUGAAGUGGACCUGGCUGCUCAACAUGUGGUCAUGAUGCUGGCUUUCAUCAACUACAUGUUCCCCAUGGGGAUCCAGGCUGCAGCAUGUGUUCGUGUGGGGAAUGCUCUUGGGGCCGGAGACACAGCUGGGGCCAUUCUCACCAGCAAGGUGUCCCUCGCCCUCUCAGGUUCAAUGGCAGUAAUUCAGGGAAUUGUGCUGAUCUCUACUAAAACAGUGAUCGCCUUCAUGUUUACUUCUGAUGAUCAGAUCAUAGAUCUGGUCUCUCAACUUCUUAACGUGUACUGUGUCCUUCAGUUCUUUGAUGGGCUAGUGUGUGUGUGCAUGGGCAUCAUUCUGGGCACGGGCAAACAGAAGAUAGCAGCGAUGGCUAAUCUUAUCACCUACUACUGUGUGGGCCUUCCACUGGGCAUCUCUUUGAUGUUCACAGCUGGCCUCAGGGUCCUAGGGUUCUGGUUAGGCCUGUUCAUCUGUGUAAUUCUACAGUCCACCUUCUUCAUCACUGUCAUCUUCAGGCUCAACUGGAAGAGAAUGACAGAGAAGACAGUGAAUGGAUACAUUUCAGUGAGUACUGAGGGCCAGGAAGACCUCAGGGGAAGCAAUGGGACCCCAGAGGUGAAGAGGGAGGAUGGGAGCCCCAGUGGACUGCUCUCCACCACCCAGCUGGUCCUGAGGAGAGGUCUCACUGUACUGGCUGCCAUUGUCAUCCUGGUUGUGGGGACCAGUGUACAUCUUCUCCUGCCUCUACCAAUCAGCUCAUGGAGCAAUCUGAGUGUAGACUGGAGCAACACUACCUUUACCACUACCUCCCCCCCUGAACUCACCCUGUUAACAGUUCUCAUCUAG